AUGACGACCGGCGUGUUCAACUACAUAGACCCCACAACCAUAACCCGGUCCGGCGACACCUUCGUGAAACCAUGGAGCAAAGUCGACGUAGACAAGAGCUCCUCCAAGCAGACCGCGCGCCAACGCCCCGUCGCCAAUCUCCGAGAUUUCCCCGCAUCGUCCUUUGGCACCGACGUCUCCGGCUUCGCCCUCUUCACCUCCCCGGGCAACGAGAAGGACUUCACGGACGACAGCGCCGUGCGUAACGGCUACUACGCCGAAGUCGAGGCCCUCGUCCGCGCAAAGCUCCCGGGCGUUAAGAAGGUCGUCAUCUUCGACCACACCAUCCGCCGCCGAAUCGCGUCGAGCCCCCGCCAGCCGGUCCAGCAGGUGCACGUCGACCAGACCCCCGGCGCCGCCGAGGCCCGUGUGCGCCGCCACGUCGCCGACCCGGCCGAGGCGGACGAGCUCCUGAGGGGACGGUACCAGAUCGUCAACGUCUGGCGGCCCAUCGGGUACCCGGCGACGGAUUCGCCGCUGGCGCUCAUUGAUUGGCGGUCUACCAGACCCGAGGACCUGGUUGCGGUGGAUCUGCUGUACCCUGUCUACCGGGAAGGGUAUGACGGGGAUGACCGCGGGAAGGAGAAGCUCCCGGACCAGACGAGUAUUGAUUCGACGGAGGGGUACGAGGUUCGCGGGGAGACGUAUUCGGUUGCGCCUAGCGACGAUCACGAGUUCUUCUACGUGAAGGAUAUGACGCCUGACGAGGUCCUGUUUCUCAAGUGUUUUGAUUCCAGGGGCCAUGGGUUCCCGGGGGGUGUGGAGGGCCGAGCUAAUUGUGCGCCCCAUACCGCCUUUGCGGACCCUGCGACACCGCCGGGCACGAAGGGGAGACAGAGCAUUGAGGUUCGGUGCUUGGUCUUUUAUGAGUAG